AUGGAGGAAGACGCGCGCCUGGAGGCCACCGAGCCGUACAUCGUCGCUGAGCUGCAGGCAGAGUUUGUAGGCCAUUCACUUCGUGAGGUGUACGCGACAAUCUGCGAUCGACUUCGCUUAACUCCUCUCACGUCCGUCGCUGUGAUGUUUCCUGACGUUGCGGACGCCUGGGAUGCGGUGACGACGCUGGAUUUCUCUCGCACGUAUGUUGGUUCGCAAGGGGCACUGCCGGUGAUUGAGCUGUGCCGUCGCUUACCCCGGCUGCAGUCGCUUACAUUUUGCGACAACUACCUGAGCAACAAUACGGUGUGGUACCUAGCGCAAAUGGCCCUGUACCAUCCAGGCUUGGAACGAGUUGAUCUCUCUGCCAACGAGUACAUUUCGUGGAGUGGCGCCAUGUGCCUCGUGGAGCUGGUGCUGCGCAACCCACACAUCGUCUAUGUCGGGCUGCGAGGCUCCACUGUGUCGGCUGAGAUCGUGGCCUCCAUCGAGGCUCAGACCCGGAAGAAUGCCGUCAGUCGCUUCCGCAACGAAGACUUGAAGCGAUUGCCCCCGGUGCAUCCGGUUGCCAUGUACAUCCGUGCCUUGAAGCACCAGUUUGCAAUGCACCAACAAGAUGGACUGGUGAGCGCUUCUCUACUUGACAGCGGCUUCGAAGAGCUCUUGCGUGUCUCGGGGCGCACCGGGGAGCUGCACCUCUUCACUGACAAGUACUUUUCGAAGCUCAAGGCACGCGCUUCUCCUGGAAGCCUCACCUGCGAGGCAUUCCUCGUGCUGCUCUUGAUCGAGGGUAGUACAUACGACGAGACUAUCGUAGAAAAGCUGAAACAGGUCUUCACAAUGUUCAACAUGGACCCCUCCGUCCCAGACCCCAUCAAGGACGGUUAUGUUCUAGGUAGGGACAUGGCAGACAUCAUGACACACAUGUAUGGCUCGAGGCCUUCCGACGUCGAUGUGGCAGCACUGCAGUGCCGCUUAGGCGCCACGGCGGAGGCGACUACUCUCAGCUGGGAGGAGUUUCUCUACAUUGCCUAUCCGCACGGGCCACAGGUGGGUGAUCGUCUCUGGGGCAUGAUGUGCACGCCUCUCUCAAAUCCAAUCGAGGUCAUGCACUGCUGA